CUCCAAGCCAAGCCCUAAGUAUCCUGGGCCAGGGAGCUGUGGGAGCUCAGGGCUAGCACCUCCCAUGCCCCCCGCAGGAGCCAGCAGGACAUGAAGAUCAUAGGCCUCCUCUUUUCUCCUCUUCCUGCUUGCUCUGAAUGCCCCCCACUGCAGCUGGGGUGGCUCUCAGACUCUGACUACCUCAAGAAUCCAAUCUGGAACAAUGCAGGCUAGUGGUAUCUGCCACCCCAGUUGGAGGCUGGGGGUGUGGGGCCUCUGCUGGUCCAGAAGCUUCCAGAAGCCUCAGCACCUGUGAGUCCAUUGGGAAGCCCUGGCCAGUCUGAAAGCCAGGCCCAGGAAGAGCAUUCAGCAGUGAGGACUCCCAAAAUCCCUCCUCAGCACACAGAUGUGGGAGCCCCCGCCGCCUGUGGAGUCGCAGGGCAAUCAGCUCCAGCCAGAGCUACCUCUCCAAGAGUCCUCGCCCAAGGACUCUGGCCUCCAGGCAGUUCCCAGCACACGUACUCUUUAUGUGGGCCACUUGAACCCCCAGUUCUCUGUGCCCGUGCUUGCCUGCCUGCUACGAGACACCCUAGAGCGGCUGGAGCUGCCAGUGGCCCGUGAGAACAUUGAGGUAGUGAGGCGGCCUCGAAACACUUAUGCACGGGUACAAGUGGCUGCCCCCAAGGCUGCCCUGGCCUCCCUCCCCUGGCGCCUGCAGAUGGCCUUGGAGGAGCAGCUAAUCCUCAAAGAGCUCACAGCCCGUGGCAAGGAGCUGGUGCUGGGUGAGGGCCUGGAGUCCCUAAACCGGAGGGAGCAGGAGGACAGCGGCUCAAGCCCAAGCCCCAGCCCUGGCCCCAGCCCAGGCUUCAGGCGCCCACAGCUGCGCCAACUGCCAGACCCUUCCCCUAACUGGUGCUGCGCUGGGCGACGGCAGACCUCUCAGAACCGACCCAGUGGUGUGCGCUCUGACAGUGCCAUUGUGGACCAGGAGAUCUUGGGCCAGGAGCAGCUAUUCCAGGGUGCCUUCCUUGGCAGUGAGACACGGAAUGUGGAGUUUAAGCGAGGCAGCGGUGAGUACCUGAGCCUGGCCUUCAAGCACCAUGUACGGCGCUACGUGUGUGCCUUUCUCAACAGUGAGGGUGGCAGCCUGCUGGUAGGUGUGGAGGACAGUGGCCUGGUACAGGGCAUCCACUGCAGCCACCGUGAUGAGGACCGUACACGCCAGCUGGUAGACUCCAUCCUGCAGGGCUUCAAACCCCAGGUCUUCCCUGACGCCUACUCCCUCACCUUCAUCCCCGUCAUAAGCACUUCCAUGGCCAACACGCCUCUCAAGGUACUCCGACUGACCGUGCACACCCCCAAGGCCCAGGGUGAGCCACAGCUGUAUGAGACAGACCAGGGGGAGGUAUUUCUACGGCGUGAUGGAAGCAUCCAGGGCCCACUGUCUGUUGGCGCCAUCCAGGACUGGUGCAGGCAGAAGUGGACGAUGGAGCUAGGCAAGCUGGAGGAGAAGGUGAAGACCCUGACGAUGGAAAAGGAGCAGCUGAGGCAGCAGCUGAGGCAGCGCCGGUCCCUGUCCUGCAGCUGCUGUGUCCUAUGAGGAUGAGGAAGAUGUGGGCGAAGGCCUGGAAUAAAACACACAUGAGCCGCUGCCGCCGCCUCUCCCUCAGCGCUGCAUAUGCAGGAGCCACGUGGCUUCACCUCAGAGCAGGCUGACAGUCAGCUCUUGGCACACCCCUAAGCAACCCUGCUUUCAGAAAACUUGGCUAGUCACUCCAGAACUCAGCUCUAAGAGACUGUAAAACUCUAAUCCCAACUAAAUGCACCCUUUGGCUAAGCCAAUUCUAAUGGGCUAGGAAUAUCAACUUGGAAAGGCCUUUUGUAGCUAGCAAGACCUAUGUGGUAACUAGUUACAGGGCAUGGGCCACCCUGCAGCUUACCUCUAACUUGUCAUUGCUCCUUAUACACUGCAUGCACAGGAAUGCUUAGUUACUUCUACAUUUGGUCAGCCAGCCAGAGGCUGCUACGUCACAAGUCUCAUGCC